AUGGCCGCCCUGCCGCCGCACCUGCAGCAGCUCGCGAGCACAGUGCUGGCGCACGCGCAGCAGCAGCUCCACGGCUCGCGCCAGCACGCCCCGCGCGCGCCGCCGCCGCAGCCGCUGCAGCCGCCGGGCGAGCAGCGGGGCGAGCACACGUCACGCGAGGACGCGCCGGCGCCCGCGCCCGCGACGCCCGCGGUGCCCGCCGCGCCCUUUGGCGGCUCGGCCGCUUGCGACGGCGCGACCGCCGCGGGGGCGGGCCCCGCGGGCGCAGGGAGCCCGGGGGGCAGCUCCUUCCGCUACGAGCCGGCAGCGGCUGGGGCCCCGGCGGACGAGCAGCCAAGGGUCAAGGUGGAGGCGUGCACCGCAGAGGCCGCGUCGCCACUGCACGCAGGCGCUCUCGAGCUGCCCACGUCGCUGGGGACGCCCAGGCCGGCGGGCGAGGGGGACGCGGCGGAUGUCAAGGACGCGGCUGCCCAGCUCGGGCCCAAGCAGCCACGCGCCGCGCCUCUGAGCAACGGCGGCGGCACUAGCGGCGGCGGCGCGGCGCCGCAGCGGGCCCCCAUGCGGGCCGGCUGGGGCCACAAGGGCGUGUGCCAGGUGGACGGCUGCUUCUGCGACCUCUCGACGCUGCGCGAGUAUCACCAGCGCUACAAGAUCUGCGAGUACCAUCUCAAGGUGACGGCCAUCAUGCGCGACGACAAGCCGCAGCGCUUCUGCCAGCAGUGCGGGCGCUUCCACUCCGUCGACGAGUUCGACGGCGCAAAGCGCUCCUGCCGCAACCGCCUGCUCAAGCACAACGCGCGGCGGCGGAAGCGGGACCCUGUGACGGGCACGCCGCUCGGCCCGGCCGCCAACGGCGCCGCGGGCGGCAGCGGCGCGCGCAAGCGGCGCGCGGGGUCGUCGGAGGGGGACAGCGAGGAGGAUGAGGCCGCGCGGCGCGCGUGGGGCCGCGGCCGCGGCGGCGGCGAGGAGGGCUCGCCGGGCGCGGGCGGCGAGGGCGAGGAUAACGGCGGCAGCGGCGGCGGCGGUGGCGGCGGGGCGUGGGGGCUGGAUAUGCUGGCUCUCGUGGCGAAUGAGGGAAACGGCCUAGGCGCGGCGGGCGCGCCCGCAGCGCGCGCCGGCGACCCGGCGGCGCCCAACGGGGGCACGCGCGCGAUGAUCGCGGCGGCUGCCGCGGCCGCGGCGUCCGGCGGCGGCGUGGAGUCGGACGCGCUGCAGGCGAUGCUGGCUUCGAUGUUAGGGCGGCCCGGCGGCGCCGCAAUGGUGGCCGCAGCCGUGGGGCAGCUCUCUGCGCCAGAAGCCGGCGCUGAGGCAGGCGGCUGCCGCGGCGGCCCGGACGCCACCCCGGCCAUCGGCGGCGGCGGCGGGGAGGCGGAGGCCAACGCCGCGGCGGCGUUUGCGGCUGCGGGCUCGGUGCGUCAGGACGGGGCGCCUCUCGCGUCCUUGGGCGGCGGGGCGCCGGCGCCGCAGGCAGACCCAGCUCACCCCAACCAGGCCAGCAGCAGCGAGACUAAGCAGGAGGUGCCGAGCGCGACGCCUGCGGAGGAGGGGACCCCCACCAGCAGCGGGCUCAGCGGGAAGGCGCCAUGA